CAAAUGAUCUUAAUCGUUUCGGGAAACGUUAUUCCUUCUUUUGUUUUACUUUUUAAUUUUGUUCUUUUUAUGGGAAAAUUACUAUGCAGUAGUUGUCGUAAUGUUAGUUAGGUUUUUCGAUCUACGGUAGGUGAGAAAACUUGAAUUUGACGAUUUUACUGUUAUAUUUUGUGCAUUUUGGAUUUGUGAUUUGGUAUUUCUUCUUGGUCACUGGUUAGAUGGCGUUGAGGCUUCCGAUCAGGUGUUGUAGCUAUAAUUACUAACCUAGCGUUUUUGAUUUUUUUCCUAUAUAUUUUGUUGUAGCUAUGGAUACCACCCUAGAACUGCGUUUGGGGUUGUUUUCCUUGGCUGAAAACCCUGGAAUCAAGGGUUGGCAAAGAGAACUAAAGCAGAAAAAUGCAUUACUGUCUUAACAAUGCCAGUUUUCUUUUUUUAAAAUGCAAAAGAGAUUUUAUGGAAGCGUGCACGAAGUAGGUGCAAUCCACAGUGAAAGGAUUACUAAGCUAAGAAGGUAAUGCUCUCAUGAAAAUGAAUAUACCUGUCUGACAUCCAAACUCAACACAGCUGCACCAAUUAUCCAUGAAUUGAUUUGAGAGAAGAUUCUUGGUCAUUAAAGGUUCUACGAUUCCUUUCCUUCCACACUAGCCAACAAGUAGCUAAGGGCUAGACUGCAAGAUCUUCCCGCUUGAUUAGUUCUUGGUCUACUGAUUUUGCAAAUGAGAUUGAUGACCUUUUAUGGUUGGAAUGUGCAAAGUGGCAAGUUUGGAGUUUUCUAUUUCCUAAAGUUCCUUCUAUCUUAUGCAAAUUUGUUGAUGCAAAAAUGUCUUCUUUUGCAAAUGAAGCCCGGUUGUUCUAGUGAGCUAUCAGGGGUUAAAACAACAGACGCCCAACUCAUUCAAAUUAAGGUAACCAGUGCAGGCUUGUGGUCGCAGAAUGAGUCAGAAUCCACUUUGGUAGAUGUCCCGGAAAGUGAGACUAAAAUGGAUGAAGCACAAAUGGAAACUCUGGAUGACGAAGGAUUGACAUUUUCAGCUGCAAAGUUUUGGUUGAAUUGGAUUUCGGGCACUAGUAGAGGAAGAAUGGCAUUAAAAUUCUGGGGAAGAAUGGCAUUGAAGUUCUGGAAAAGUGAUACUGAUAUUCUUGAACAUCAAGCUGAAAGCUUAACCUACAGUGAAAGCGUCAAGGCGACUGUUGAUGAAGCUAUUACUAAGACUGAUAAAGAGGAGACACGUAAUAGUUUUCCUUUAUCUGCGAAAGAAACCCUUAAAGCAGCAGUCAUUCACUUUGGAAAUAAGUGGCACAGACGCCUGUCUUUUGUUUGGAGACAUGCAGUGCACAUUAUUGGAAAUUUCCAGAAGUUGUGGAAUAUUACGGGCAUACAUUUGGAUCUUGAUGUUCCAAAGUGGUUGCAUAUACUUCACUUGGACAGGCUUAACUUGUAUGCAGUGCAGUGGCUUGAGAACAAAAGCAACGCAUUCGAGCCUACUUAUCUGUAUACAAUGGAAAAGGGUUACUUCUUGCUACCUGAAGCAGCUAAGUCUCAGCAUAACAUACGAACAAUCAACAUCAGCAUAUCAGCUCGACAUUCUUGCUUUGGGAACAGGUGGCAGCAGCUUCUCAUAAACAGAGUUGUUGGAUAUGAUACAAUAUUGAUGAAUAGCUUGCAGAAUUCUCCCGGUCAAGGUUAUCUGUAUAAUUAUCAAACCAGGGAGUUCUACAAUCUUAGUUACACAUAUGAACCAGCACAAGGUCCUGCAAGAUUUGGAGACUAUCUCGUGACCAAGUGUGGCGUGCUUAUGAUGUCACUAUUUGUUUUUCUCACCACUACAAUGUCAGUCUCAUUUACAUUGAGAGAGACACAGACGCGCAUGCUGAAGUUCACUGUGCAGCUUCAACACCAUGCUCGACAUCGACUUCCAACAUUUCAAUUGAUCUUUGUCCAUGUGAUUGAGUCUCUUGUUUUUGUUCCGAUAAUGAUUGGAAUCCUGUUCUUUAUGUUCGAGUUUUAUGAUGAUCAGCUGUUGGCCUUCAUGGUCUUAAUUCUUGUCUGGCUGUGCGAACUUUUUACGUUGAUCAGUGUCCGCACACCAAUAUCAAUGAAGUUCUUUCCUCGGUUCUUUUUGCUCUAUUUUCUGGUUUUCCACAUCUAUUUCUUCUCAUAUGCUUAUGUUUUUUCAUAUUUGGCCCUCGCUACAACUGCGGCGUUUAUGCAACAUCUCAUUCUAUACUUUUGGAACCGUUUUGAGGUUCCAACCUUACAAAGAUUUAUGCAAAAUCGAAGAUCACAACUUCAGCAACACCCAGACUACCGUAUCACUUCGUCAACCAUCCUUGCAUCAACUUUACACAUCACAAGGUUGAACACAAGAAACCCUGGUCAAGUUAAUGCAGAUUUGGCCCCUCUGCCAGCAGCAUUGAGAUCUGAAUCUGACCAGGCAACUCCAGCAAAUGGAGCAGAAGCUCCUGAGGUUCCACGACGCUCCGAGAAUGGAAACAUUGAAGGUAACCCGGUGCAGAUUCCAGCUCAACCUGAUCUUCAACAAGCAGAAACUGGUCCCAGUCCUGGAACAAUGAACUCAUUUAGUUCAUUGUUGCUAUGGAUCCUAGGUGGGGCUUCUUCUGAAGGUCUUAACUCAUUUCUUUCCAUGUUUAGAGAUGUGAGAGACCAAGGACAAGUCUAUCCCGAGUCUCCAGUGAAUGAAAACCGUGCAACUGGGAAUGUACAAUAGUAUUGUAAAGAUAUCAUAGAAAGGAAUACUAUUCUGGCCUGUAUUGUUGCAUAUGAGAGAAGAUGUACCGGAGAUUAUUGUUUGUAUAUAAAUGAUAAUAUAUAUUAUAAUGGCGUCCCUUAGUAUUCA